UCGAUACCGACUCGAAACCAGACAAGACUAGAUUAAUCUGGUCUGGUUUCGGUCUGUACAGUCACUGGUUCAAAAUAAUUAUUAACAGGUGCUCCGCACAGUGGAGGUCUACCUGUCGCUACCUGUAGACGGAGAGCCAUUUCAGCUUCACAACUCUCAACUGAAAGACUCCAACAACGCGAGACGACAAUGUGUCACUGCGUUCAGCACUUUUGGCUAGUCUUCCGGACCCUGGCGGGGUUCACGCUCUACAUCGCGGACUUCGUCACCGAUAUCAUCCUGGCGGCGGAGUAUUACAGGAACGGCGACUACACCUGGUUCGGCCUGACGCUGGGGUUCGCCUUGGGGCCGCAGAUCAUUGUGAACAUCGUCUUAGCGUACCUGGAUGAUGACUGCGAUUGCUGCCCGUACGGCUGCAAGUGGUACUACCUGCUCCAGCUAGGCGUCCCGGCAAACUACUUCCAGGUCUUGUACGCUUUCUUCCGUUGCAAGCACAAACCCGAGGACGUCUUGGAUGCCCGCGAGACAGAAGACCAUGAUGACCAGGAGCCCGUGCCUCGAGCCGUGAACCACCUGUUACCGCUCGCCAGACUCGUCGGCACCCUGCUCGAGUCCCUCCCGGAACUUUGUCUGCAGAUCUACGUCCUACUCCAGACCGGCCAGCUGAGUAGCCUCGGAAUACAUCCCCUAGAGAACGUCACCAUGGCGACCGUCACCAUGACGGUCCUCCGGACGGGCCAGCUGAGUAACCUCGGAACACAUCCCAUGGAGAACGUCACCAUGGCGACCGUCACCAUGACAGCCCUCCGGACUGGCCAGAAGAGUAGCCUCGAGAUACCGCCCCUGAAGGCGGUCACCAUGGCGGUGUCCUUCCUAGCCUCGCUCUACUCCAUCAUUGAGUGGGAGACUCACUUCCCUAAGGUUGUUGCCCUUAUUUGGGGCCCGCUUGUCUUUAUAUGGAAGAGCAUUGACCUAUCGGCUCGGAUCUUAGCUCUGUCCCUAUUCGCUUCCAUCUCUAACGUUAGAUACUGGGUGUUUGUGAUGAUAGGUGCACACUGGUUAGUCAUGGUAGGGGUGGAGAAUUACUUCUGUCUGUCUUCGGGCAAAGGUAAAGCUUGGAUGGAUCCAGGAGCCGACGUGAUCUCAGACAGUAACCGCUGUGUGAAGAUUAUGUUUAACACGUUCGUGAUAGCGCCAGUUGAUGUGUUUACCUGGGUCACGUUUGGAUCCAGACAGCGGACUGAAGUACAACCCAUUGUUAACAGUGCACUGAUGUUAGUCGCUAACAUAGUCAUGGUAUUAGCGUGGUAUUUUGCAAAGGACAGUGAGUCUUGGUACGAUGACCCUGCCCUGGGGGUGGUGGUUGGGGGGUCGGUGGCAUCUGUAUUGUUCCAGGGUAUGUACUGGGUGUGUUACAGACCCUGUUGCGCAUGUAGUCCCAUAGAAGAUGUGUAUGUGACAACGAAUAAGACAACAAUGUGUCACUGCGUUCAGCACUUUUGGCUAAUCUUCCGGACUCUGGCGGGGUUCGCUCUCUACAUCGCGGACUUCGUCACCGAUAUCAUCCUGGCGGCGGAGUAUUACAGGAACGGCGACUAUUACUGGUUCAGCCUAACACUAGGAUUCACCUUGGUUCCUCAGCUGAUUGUAAACCUCGUCCUGAUGUACCUGGAUGGCUGCAAGUGGUACUACCUGCUCCCGAUAGGAGUCCCGGCCAACUACUUCCAGGUCCUGUACGCUUUCUUCUGUUGCAAACACAAACCCGAGGACAUCUUGGAUGCUCGCGAGACAGAAGACCAGGACCGCCAGAAGCCUGUGGCUCGCGCCGUCAACCACCUGCUACCGCUGUCCAGACUCGUCGGCACCCUGCUCGAGUCCCUGCCGGAACUCUGCCUGCAGGUCUACGUCCUCCUCCGGACGGGCCAGAAGAGUUGCCUCGAAACACAUCCCCUGAAGGCCGUCACCAUGGCGACCGUCACCAUGGCGACCGUGAAGAGUAGCCUCGAGAUACCGCCCCUAAAGGCCGUCACCAUGGCGGUGUCCUUCCUAGCCUCGCUCUACUCCAUCAUUGAGUGGGAGACUCACUUCCCUAAGGUUGUGGCCUGCAUUUGGGGCCCGCUUGUCUUUUUAUGGAAGAGCAUUGACCUGUCGGCUCGGAUCUUAGCUCUCAGCCUGUUCGCUUCUAUCUGUAACGUUAGAUACUGGGUGUUUGUGAUUGUAGUUGCACACUGGGUAGUCAUGGCAGUGGUGGAAAAUUACUUCUGUCAGUAUUUGGUGAAAGGUAAAGCUUGGAUGGAUCCAGGAGCCGAUGUGACCUCCAACAGUAACCGCUGUGUGCAGUUUAUGUUUAACACGUUCGUGGUAGCGCCAGUGGAUGUGUUUACCUGGGUCACGUUUGGGUCCAGACAGCGGAGUAAAGUACAACCUUUUGUUAAUAAUGUACUGAUGUUAUUGUCUAACAUAGGGAUGGUGUUAGUGUGGUAUUUUGCAAAGGACUUUGAGUCUUGGUACGAUGACCCUGCCCUAGGGCUGGUGGUUGGGGGGUCGGUGGCAUCUGUAUUGUUCCAGAGUGUGUACUUUGUGUGUUACAGACCCUGUUGCCCAUGUAGUCCCAUAGAAGAUGUGUAGAAAA